GCAGUAGUUAUCAACGACAAAUUCCCAUUGGUAUCUUCAUCACCCUGUCCCUCAGAUCGAAACCGAAACGCCCAAGUAACCUCGAUCGCCAACCCCGCGGACGGGAAUAAGACCAUAUGGUACGUGCACGUCGGUGUAUCAAAAUCUACAACCUCCUAUCACAAGAAACAUCAUCACCAAUCGGUGAUAUCGAUCCCUGUUCAAGUGCCCGUACAGUAGGAAGAUAGCUCACGAUCUCACGUAGAGACAAGGCUCAGUUCUCUAGAGAACCCGAAGGCCCAGUGCUAUAAUGGUGUCCAGGAUUCAUGAUCCGUGAUUCCUCCAAUUAUCCUGGCAACCAAAUGGAGGGCUGGCCGAGUGCUGGCGGCAUGCUGGCGGCAUCUCACAUGCAUGGGGAGGAUUUCUCAUUCAUUCAAGGGGAACCCUUUGACAACAUCUCUAGUGAUGAGUGGAAGAGCUGUCCCUAAUAAGCCGUUGCUACACCAGAAUGAGGCAAUCUGAACGCUCUGGAGGUUUAGUGACCAUUUAUCGAGUGCGCGAUGGUGGUUCGAUAGGCCUCCGACACGUUCGGGUAAUUUGGGUACAGCUAAAUUCUUGGUGGGGAAUUCUCAGUGUUUUUGGCCUUAUAGAAGCCGUUGUACUCGUACUCGUAGCGUUUCGUGGGCUACCGGUAUGAUAACACCGGUAACACAUCCUUUGGAUCUCCGUUGCCGGCUGCUCCUUGCUGGAUAACGGGUACUACCGGUAUACCCUUCCAGCACAGAGUACCGGUAUGGCUACCCUAAACCGCCAGGGAGGGAUUGUUGCCUCGACGCUUCUGGUCUGCGUGGCAUAAGGGAAGCGCAAGAUCCGGAAUUCUCCACUAGCUGUGUCACAGCGCUGAGUUGCAAUACUGCUCGAGUAUUGUACGGACACUCUACCCAUGAUUUCGCGUAUUAUGGUGAUGAAGCGAUUUGCUUUGGAAUGGAUGGGGUGAGCUUGCAGUGCGAUGCGGAUAGGGGGCUAGAGCCGGAAGGGAUUGGAGAGGGAGUCGGGGUGCAUGCUGUUUUCCAUCGUGGUUGCGUCCGAAUUAACAUUUUGCUUGAUCGAUGGGACGGAAGGAUGGGGUUGUGAAGUGGGUUCGGGUAGUGAGGAGCACGGCUUCAUCACGGGUUUUCUGGUUCUGUUCCUCUGUAUCACACUCGCCAAUUUCAUAAGCAUCCCGACACCUUACUUGUAGGGUGAUGCCAAGGUCCACCGAGAAUGCAGAUCCUUGGGGCCGGGUGUUUGGAUAUCUCCGAAAUUCGUGAUGACUGGAGUGCCUGUAUGCCACAAGUACUGGACUGGCAUCAUAUCAAGGUCGGGGGCGGUAGAUAGGGUAAUGCGGUAUUCGCUGAGCACACACCCUUGCACGAAAAAAACUCCAUUUCCGGACUGGUGGAACCAUCUGUGAAGCCCAUAUUUUUUAUUUUUUUCUUCUUUCCUUUUCUUUUGUUUUCCCUUUCCACUUUCCACUUAUGCUCCACUGCAGCCUGCGCACAUCCCGUCUCGUCUCCUUCAGUUCAGAGCAACCUGUACCGCGCUGUGCAGCACAGCUUGGUUCCCUACAUCCAGAGUAUCUUCAGUGCCCAAGAAAGGGAAUGUUGGCAAGCCGUCCGAUUCCUUAACUUUCGCUUGCUGCCUUGCCCUACCUUGCCUCCAAGGUGCAGUAGUAGGGUUGUCAAACACCCCUGAGAAAAGAUAACUGUUUGGGUCUGGGAGCUCUCGGCCGCUUCCUGCUUGCUCUGCUUGCGUUGCUUGGUUGAUCGAGGAGUCGAUCACCGGUACUGUACGGUACUUCAUUCCUCUCUGCUGACUUGCCCUGCGGUACUUGUACCCUCCCAUACCGGUACCGGCACUCGUACCAUAACCAACUUACCUGGCUCCUCCCCCUCCGCAAUCAACAACACCAAAGGACCUCUAUCCAAGUAACCAACACCUGCAGUGACAAAUUACUCACAGUUAUCUCGGGAGAGUCUCAUCGCAUCCGGAGCUGAGCAGAGCAUCGUCCAUUCAUCCAUCCUUCUCGCCGGCCCCGAAGAUAUCGUGUCCGGUCCGUUAGCCUACCGUAUAUCGCCCCGUAACGGUGCCGGUGUCCCGUUUUCUCUUUCGGCGUUUCUGAUUGAUUGCUCUACGUUUUUACGGUGAACUCUGAAAGAAAUAUCGGAGUCUAACCGUUUCGAGAGCGAGAGGAAUAGUACGGUAAAAAUAUAUAUAUACAUCGUAUAUAUACACACACAGAUAGAGGUUAAGGGUGAGAGGAGAAGGGCGAGAAGGAAAAAAAAAAAAAAAAAAAGAAGAAGCUCUGUCCACCCUGUUUUUAUUUUAUUUUUCCCUUUCUCCUCGCUCCUACUGAAUUACGGUAACCGUUUGUGUCCCCCUUUGCGCGGCCCCUCUCCACCAGCCCUCAUUCCCUAUUAUUCCUCCCCCCAGUCCACGCUUGGCCGUCGCGGUACCGACACUUCGUUCUCUCCUUUCUUUUCCCACACUUCCACCAACCAAGCAAAGCAAACUAGCCCAAGCACUCUCUUCCCUACCGUACCGCCUACUCCUCCUCCUCAUCCUCUCGCUUUCAUCAGCCGUACACCCCCGUUGCUACCUAUCCAACAUCAACACUCAACCACCACCCCCUCCACACACCCCCCUUUUCAACGAAGAAGAAGAGGAGGAAGGAUCUCUUCGAGAAGGCUUCCAUCCUCAGUCUUUACUCCGACCUAAUCGACCUCGACCUCUCCUUCUUCGCCCUCCCUCUCAUCUGCUCAUCUCUUCUCGUCGGGCUUCCUUUCACACACUCUCUCGCCCUUUGCUUUCAGCUCUGCGCCUCCCUCUCCGCAAUCGUUUACCCGACUGCGCCUCUUGACGAGAUUCAACCCCCUUUGGUCGGAACAAACACAAAACUUGUCCGUUUCCUUCGUUCUUCCGAAGAACACCAUUCUUUCGGAAGCAGGUCGACCCUCAUCAACUUUAUCCGAUAAUAUCAUAAUCCGACGGCAAAAUGGCCAUUCAUUCCACCGGGGCUGUCAGGGAGAAGAAGCAGACUAUGGCCGAGCUGAAAUUGAGGCGGUUAACAGAACUGAAUGCAAGGCUGAGGGAGGAUCUGGACAGACCGCGAGUAAAGGUUUCUGAGGCGUGCCACUCGUAUGUUUGCUCCUCCUAUUACCCUACCGCGUUCAUUUAAGAGCCUCUUUUCCAUCAGAUAUUUUGAACCAGCAUCCUCUACGCAGUAUCGCGUCUUUUUAUUCUCUCGCCUUGUCGCUCUUCACUAUUGCGAUCCUCCACUAAUAGCACUGGUUUAGUAUGAUCGCCCACACACGCAAUACCAAGGACUUUAUGGUUCCUUCUACAUGGGGUCAAGUGAGUUUUCGUCCUUUUCCUUCAGCUCUCGUUCAUCAUGGUUAUCUUCACACAGGGAUACGCGUUAUCCAAAUGCAAUUGUUGCACAGCUCGUUCAGCCCCUUGGUUGAUAGCAACACCACGUGUAUCCACUAUUGAGACGGGUUCUAACUUUUUUUCUUUUCUUUCUCGCCCAAAUUACAGGUGGAUAAACGUGAAGAUCCAUACGCACCAAUAGCGAAUGGACCUAAUUGCUGCGUCAUCUGCUAGAUACAUGGCAGGGAUUCAAGCUGCGACGGAGCUCAUGCAAUGCCUCAUCACACCCGCAAUCGUUUCUCUUGAACCUCGUUCCUCUCAAUUGAUGGAAAAAGAGAACCUCUUAUUCGACUCUGUUUCUUUUUUCUUUUUUCUUCCUUCGGGCCAUUAGAUACCUCGAAAACAAUUCCUUCUCUUUCAGCUCACCAUUAGCACGGCGACCCGGCACCUUCGAACCGAAUAUCUAUUAACUUCUGUUGGGAUGGCAAGCCAUAGGCUACUCUGCGGAGGAGUCUGACGAGAUUUAAUGUCUGGAUCCUUGCUCACUGUUGUCGCCUUUUCCUAAUCCUCUUGCUUUUUGAUCUAUAGUUCGGCUUUUUUUCUUUUUCUUUCUUGCGUCAUGUGAAAUCUUCUCUAUCUAUAGUCUACUAUUGGGGGUAGGGAUUUCGGAGGUCUUUCUAGCAAUUUACUAGUGAAUAGGGAGUCAAAAAAGGUGUUCUUUUACUUUAUUUUUAACUUUUUUUUUUAGUGCUCGGGUUUCUCACAAUCUUCAUCUUCGCCUUUAGGCCCUGUUUUCCUUGUAUUUCAUACUCUUUCGGCUUUUGUUGUCACAGAAUUUGUCUUUUUGCGGAUAUGUUCCGGGCCUGUUGAACCUUUCUUGGUCUUCUUUCCUUGCUGUCCUUUCCUACUGGGCCUGGUGUAUUCUCCUUAAAGCAAAUUCUUGGCGGGAGGUGUUCUCUUUUUUUCCCGUUUAAAGUGCCUUACAUAUCUUGCUCUUGACUUGGCGUGUUCUCCCUCUUAUGUUCCGAUAAUGCGGCGCCAGCCCUACCCUACCCACUUCACUGGAUUGAUUGAAGAGCAGAUGAAUGGCAAUCCCCCGGGGGCUAUUUAAUCUUUUAUCGACCGACAACAAGUUGAAUCGACUGUCAAGAUUUCGAGCUGGAUUGUGUUGGAUCAGAUCUGUCGCCAGGAAGGGUCAGAAGCCGGAUGGAAUAGAGAGCGAGAAGCCUAGGGUGGAAAGGAAGAAGGAAGGAAAAGGGUUCAUUACUAUUGUCAACGAAAGUGAUUUUUAUUCCGAGCGAGUGAGAAAGUGAGAGGUGGUGUGCCGGGCUGGCUAGCUAUGCUGUGCCGUUCUUAUAUCUAUCCUAUCUAUCGUAUCCGUCUUACGCCCCAUCUUGUCUGUUUGCCUGCCCCUCUCGUGCUUCCUUGCUUGUGCUCUAUUCCAUCUACCUAUCCCCGGGGAGUUGGUUCUGAGCAAUCUAUCUGUCUGUUUCCUUUGUUUCCUUGUCAUUAAAGCCUAACCCGUUGUCUGUCUGAGAAAGAAACCCUUCUGUUCCUCGUCUUUUUUAUUCUAUUUUAUUUUUUAUACACCAUCUCUUCGUCUAUCCCUAUUUUUGGUUGAUUUGUGGAUGGGUACAGAGUGAAUGUCUGUAAUGUUAGGAUACCAGCUAUUGCUAUCUAUUGCUUAUGGGGAGUGUAGGAGGAGGUGGAAGGAAAGAAG